GCCACGCGCUACACAGUAGCGUCACAGUGCGCGCGAAGACAACAACGGUAGAGACGAUGGAGAGCAAGCAGAGUCAGGUGCUGAACUUGGAGCGUGUCCAGGAGCUGGAAACAUGGCUGAAGACGACCAACACCAAGCUGACUCAAGUUAACGGCCAGAGGAAGUACGGAGGACCUCCUGAAGUGUGGGAUGGCCCCAUGCCAGGAACUCGCUGUGAGGUCUUCAUCAGCCAGAUCCCGCGGGACGCCUACGAGGAUCUGUUGAUCCCGCUGUUCACCUCUGUGGGGCCCCUCUGGGAGUUCCGGCUCAUGAUGAACUUCAGCGGUCAGAAUCGCGGCUUUGCUUACGCCAAAUACGGCUCGCCGGCUCUAGCCACCGACGCCAUCCGCUUGCUGAACGGCCACAUGCUGGAGCCCGGCUUCCGUCUCAGUGUCCGGCGCAGCACAGAGAAAAGACACCUCUGUGUGGGAGAGCUGCCGGCCUCCACCAGGCAAGAGGACCUGCUGCAGGUUCUGCGUCUUAUGGCGGACGGCGUGGAGCGAGUGUCUCUGAAGGCCGGCCCCGGGAUAGACGGGGUGUCAGCUAUCGUGGCCUUCUCAUCACACCACGCUGCGUCCAUGGCCAAGAAGGUGCUGGUGGAAGCGUUCAAGAAGCAGUUUUCUCUGACUGUCUCAAUCAAGUGGCAAUCGACUGUGAAGGCGAGCGAAGGCGAGCCUCUUCCGCCAUCGAAACCUUCAAAGUUCGUCCUGCCGUCGCCCCUGAAGCCGCCACGCCACAUCCUGAACUCUCCUCGCCCCUCUGCCCUGCCCCCUCGUCUGGCUCGCCCUCCAUCCAUCCCUCCAGGUUUCUGCAGAGCUGUGGGACGACCCACUGCCCCCCAGCACCAUCACCCUUCCCGCUCCACCCCCGUCCAGGGUCCUCAGGGGCCCCCAGCCCCCUCUGUGUCCCCCGUGGUGCAACUGUGUAAGGUGUGUCCCAUGGAACUCCUGUGUAAGGUGUGUGAGGCGAGCGGCGUGGGCCAGCCGCUCUUUGAGAUGUACUUCAGCCACACUGGGCCUGAUGGAUUCCUUUACUUCACCUACAAGGUGAGCAUCCCCGGCAUCCCCACGGCCUUCAAAGGCCUGGUCAUGAUCUUGCCGGGACCCUCUGAAUCCACCAUGUUGGAGGAGGCUCGUCGUGUUGCAGCCCAGCAGGUUCUGCAGAGUGUGUGCAACAAACAGGUUGCUCACUGAUUGGCUGAUCCCACACAGCACUGUUUGUUGCUCUGUUUCUUCAAUGUUAUUAUAUGAAUGUCGUUUGUAUAUUUCUGCAUGUUUUUAUUAGGCUGAAGUAGAUAUUUGUUUUGGUUUUCUAUGCUUUGUGUUAUGCAUGUUUUUUAAUGUUUGUUACUGUUACGUGUGUUCCUUGUU